AUGGAAUCAGAGUUUGUAGCCUUAGAUAAAGCUGCUGAAGAAGCAGAAUGGCUGAGAAACUUCCUAGAGGACAUUCCAAUGUGGCCUAAGCCUGUGACAGCAAUUUGUAUACAUUGUGAUAGUAUGGCAGCACAAGCAAGAGCCAAGAGUGGUGUAUACAAUGGAAAGUCAAGACAUAUCAGGCGUAGGCAUAAUACAAUUAGACAAUUGCUCUCAAAUGGAAUUAUAUCCAUUGACUAUGUGAAGUCAAAGGAAAAUAUUGCAGAUCCUUUGACAAAAGGCCUACCAAGAGAGCAAAUCAAAUUUACAUCGAGAGGAAUGGGAUUGAAGCCAAUCCAAUGA